AUGAUAAUUGAUACGACAGAAGUACAAGAUAUCAAUUCUUUUUCUAGAUUGGAGUUUUUAAAAGAGGUCUACGGAAUUAUAUGGGCCCUUAUUCCUAUUUUUACUCUUGUAUUGGGAAUCACAAUAGGCGUACUGGUAAUUGUAUGGUUAGAAAGAGAAAUAUCCGCAGGACUGCAGCAACGUAUUGGACCUGAAUACGCCGGCCCUUUGGGAGUUCUUCAAGCUCUAGCAGAUGGGACAAAACUUCUUUUCAAAGAAAAUCUUCUUCCAUCGAGAGGAGAUACUCGUUUAUUCAGUAUCGGACCGUCCAUAGCAGUCAUAUCAAUUUUAGUAAGCUAUUCAGUAGUUCCUUUUGGCUAUCACCUUGUUUUAGCGGAUCUCAAUAUCGGUGUUUUUUUAUGGAUUGCCAUUUCCAGUAUUGCUCCCAUUGGACUUCUUAUGUCAGGAUACGGGUCAAAUAAUAAAUAUUCCUUUUUAGGCGGUCUACGAGCUGCUGCUCAAUCAAUUAGUUAUGAAAUACCAUUAACUUUAUGUGUGUUAUCAAUAUCUCUAUUAUCUAAUAGUUCAAGUACAGUUGAUAUAGUUGAGGCGCAAUCAAAAUAUGGUUUUUGGGGAUGGAAUUUGUGGCGUCAACCUAUAGGGUUUAUCGUUUUUCUAAUUUCUUCCCUAGCAGAAUGUGAGAGAUUGCCUUUUGAUUUACCAGAAGCGGAAGAAGAAUUAGUAGCAGGUUAUCAAACCGAAUAUUCGGGGAUAAAAUUUGGUUUAUUUUAUGUUGCUUCCUAUCUAAACCUAUUAGUUUCGUCAUUAUUUGUAACAGUUCUUUACUUGGGCGGUUGGAAUAUCUCUAUUCCGUAUAUAUUUGUUUCGGAGCUUUUUGAAAUAAAUCAACAAUAUGAGGUUUUUGGGGCGACAAUUGGUAUCUUUAUUACAUUAGCUAAAACUUAUUUGUUUUUGUUCAUUCCUAUCGCAACAAGAUGGACUUUACCUAGGCUAAGAAUGGACCAACUGUUGAAUCUUGGAUGGAAAUUUCUUUUACCUAUUUCUCUCGGUAAUCUAUUAUUAACAACUUCUUUCCAACUCUUUUCACUGUAA